CCCCGCGCUUCCUCCCCCUUUGCUUCCGCGUCGCAGCCUCGGGAGCUAGAGCUGGAGCGGGACCUGGAGUCCCGACCCGCUGCAGAACCCCAGCCGUAACUGGGGGUCGGAAUCAGGGCGGCAGCCUGGGCUGAGGCGGUGGCAGCUGCCUCCCUGCCAGAUGGACGGGACGGAAGGUAAUGCCGAGCAGCCCGCUGAGCGGUCCCAUCGAAGCAGCGUGUCCUCCGUGGGUGCCCGAGCAGCUGAUGUGCUGGUAUAUCUAGCGGAUGACACAGUGGUGCCCCUGGCUGUGGAGAACUUGCCAUCCCUGAGUGCCCACGAGCUGCACCGUGCCAUCCGGGAGGUCCUGCAGCUCCCGGAUAGCGCCCUGGAGGCCUUCGCGCUCUGGCUUGUCUCCCCUCUGCUGGAGGUGCAGCUGAAGCCCAAGCACCAGCCCUACAAGCUGGGCCGCCAGUGGCCAGAACUGCUGCUGCGCUUCACCGAUGCCCCGGACGAUGAUGUGGCCACAGAUGAGCCUUCCCUGCAGUUCCGAAGGAACGUGUUUUUCCCAAAGCGACGGGAGCUCCAGAUCCACGACGAGGAGGUCCUGCGGCUGCUCUACGAAGAGGCCAAGGGCAACGUGCUGGCUGCACGGUACCCGUGUGACCUGGAGGACUGCGAGGCCCUGGGCGCCCUGGUGUGCCGCGUGCAGCUCGGGCCCUACCAGCCGGGCCAGCCCACUGCCUGCACCCUGAGGGAGAAGCUGGACUCCUUCCUCCCUGCCCACCUGUGUAAGCGGGGCCACCGGCUCUUUGCUGCCCUUCGGGGCCGGGCGGCCAAGGCUGGGACGGAUGAGCAGGGCCUGCUCAACGCCUACCGCAAGGUGAAGGAAGUGGUCAGCAGUGACAGCGAGUGGGAGGCCUCCCUGCGGACCCACUACCGCGCCUACCUGCUCAAGUGCCACGAGCUGCCCUUUUACGGGUGUGCCUUCUUCCACGGUGAGGUUGAUAAGCCGACCCAGGGCUUUUUGCACCGGGGUGGUCGAAAGCCAGUGACUGUGGCGAUCAAUCUGGAGGGCGUGCAUGUCAUCGACAGCAGGGAGAAGCACGUCCUGCUGGGCCUGCGCUUCCAGGAGCUGUCGUGGGACCACACCUCCCCCGAGGAGGAGGAAUCUGUCCUGUGGCUGGAGUUCGAUGGUCACAAUGAGGGCACACCGGUCAACAGGCUUCUUAAGGUCUACUCCAAGCAGGCGGAAUUGAUGAGCAGCCUCAUCGAGUACUGCAUCGAGCUGAACCAGGCGGCGGAGCCCGCCGCCCCCCAGGAGAGCCUGACCGGCCCCGCGGGGGGCCCUGGCUCCUCAGCGCCACCCACUCAGCGUCCCCAGCUGCGGAGGCAGAGCAGCGUGGUGUGCAGCCGCAUCCAGCACUUGUCCACCAUUGACUACGUGGAGGAGGGCGAGCAGAUCAAGCGGGUGAAACCGAAGCGCACCACGUCCUUCUUUGGCCGGCAGCUCUCCAUGGGCCAAGGGAGCUACACCGUGGUGCAGCCCAGCGAAAGCCUGGAGCAGAGCUGAGGGUGGCGGUGCCAGGCAAGAGGAGAGUACAGGGAGGCCCGUGACCUGGCCCAGACUGCCCUCCCUGAGGGGCAGGGUCAAGCUGUGGUCCUGGAGUGGGGAGGAGGGCUGCCUUGGAGCGUGAAGUGACUGCUGUGCCUGGGCUGUGCAGAGCUCGCUGGGGACUCCCACGGGUCCCUCUCGUGGCCGGCCUGCCCUUCUUCUGGACCCUGCUGCCAUCUCAGGACCAUCUGCUCAGGCCCCAUCUGCUCCCUCCCACCAGGGACUCACCAUGUUGUCCCUCUCAAGAUGGGCAGUGUCCCCUGCUCUGAAGCCCCCAGUGGUGGCUCCCAUGGCACGUGGCCAAGGAACAGGACUGAGGACCUGAGGGUCAUGUGUACAUCUUUGGUCUUUCCCCUGGAUUUUGGUGACCGUAUGCCCGCAUUCGUUCUACCCACAUUCUAGCCACACUGCCAGGCUGGGCCAUCACUCUAGGCGCUGGAGGGGGCCUCUCUGGGUUGAACCAUGGCAAGAACAGAGAAGGCCAGACCCUCAUCCAUACCCUCUCUGGCUGGAGCUGGAGGGAGCCAGGCAGGACACACUGACUAGAAGGAAAGUGCCUUUUUGCUGUCACUGUGCUGGGAGGUGGCUGUCCUGGGGGACCAACAAGCCCACCAGACACACACACCACACUUGGAGAAGCUCCCGAACCCCCUUGGACUUCAGGUUUUAGUUUUGGUCUUUUCUCAUCUUCUUUGCUUCCAUGAAGCCUGUGAACUCGGGGGCAACUCGAGAGAAACCCACAACCUCGGAGCUGCUGGCUUUUCCUCAGUGGUAGAGCUGUAUUUUGCAUCUGGCCUGACCCUGGGGGCAGGCCUAUGUGCAGGAGGUCCCACAACACCCCUGUCUGGCUCUUUCUCCAGGACAAGUUACGGAGGGCGGGUGUGGUGCUGGGCAUGGCUGGCCCGGGGGAGACCCUGCCCAACCCUUGGUCUCCUCCUUGGCGGGGAGAGGGGCCUCUCACUGAGCUUCCAGGGACUUUCCACAGGAAAGAGGCAGGCCCAGCUCAGCACAGGGCUGGCUUUGUCUCCCCUUCCUGGUGGGGAACUUGUCUCCAGAUACCAGAGCUCACACACCUCCUCCCUUUGGUGACGUUUGAACACUCCAGAUGUUUUGAGGUGGGCUUGCCUUCUGGCAGCAAGGACUUUGUUAUUUGUCAUAAUAAACAGGUGUCCUCAGCCUUUUGGAAUGUCCCAGCCAGAGGACAUCUUAUCUCCUCUCCUGGAGUCGCCCUCACUGGCUGCCCAGCCAGUCUGGCUCCCUGUCCUCUGGUUCUCUCGUCCCACUCAGUGUUUUGAUGUCAGGUGAAUUUUUAUCUGAUGGGCUUGUGGGGUGUGGUGGGUGGGUGUGUGUGUACACAAAUGAGUUGUUUAUACUCGUUUUUCUCCUGUUUUCUAAGCAUCCAUUGUGCCUUAACCUUUUCUGCCUGCCCUUUGGGACAAAGAGCAUUUUACUAACUGCCCUUUGACUAUUCUCAUUCUUUUGUACCAUGUGACUUAAUAAUAAAAUCCAUUU